AUGGGAAGAACUUUUGCAAUAUGCCAAAUCAAUUGGGAUGGUGUCCGAGAGUUGUACAAAAGAAAAGCUGAGAGACACAACUUGGGGAAAUUGGAAAAGACGUGCCAAGAAAUACAUACUCCGGGGGUGAUGGGCAUGACAGGAGUGUCAUCGGAUAGUGAAGAUACCGAUGAAGAUAAAUGUAACAGUGUAGUACCUACAAAUUCAUCCAGCAGCAAGAUCAAUAAAGGAAGAACGACUGAAGAACCGCCAAAACCUACACCACAAAAAGAAGAAAGGGUGAUAAAUACAGCUCUAGUUGAUGCUCAAAAAUAUAAAAAUCAGUUAGAAUGCCUUGCUCUAGAAAGACAGCUUCAGUUGCCUUCUACUGCUUUAACGGAUAAUUUAAUGACAGAUUCCAGCUUGUCACAGGUGCCAGAGGAAAUAUCUUUUCCCGAAGAAGAUGAUAAUUCAAAUCUUAACACUGUUGAUGACUUUAUGGACAAUUUGACUGCGACAAAUAAUACUACUGCUACGAACAAUACUACUACAAACAUUUUUCCUGCGCAUCAUCAGUAUCAGUAUCCUUCCGGCUACGCACCUGCGCAAUUAAUCGUAGCCUCUAUCAUAGGCACUUCGUUGAUGAUAGUAGUGGUCGUAGGCAAUAUGCUGGUAAUCAUCGCCAUUACCACAGAAAAACAAUUAAAAAACAUCCAAAACUGGUUCAUAGCCUCGUUGGCAGUAGCCGAUUUUUUCCUCGGACUAGUAAUAAUGCCUUUUUCGUUGGCCAACGAGCUCAUGGGCUACUGGACUUUCGGGCCGUGGUGGUGCGACGUGCAUUCCGCGAUGGACGUUCUGUUGAGCACGGCCUCUAUCAUGAACUUGUGCCUGAUCUCGUUGGACCGGUACUGGAGCAUCACGCAGGCUAUCGAGUACUUGAGGAAACGGACGCCCAGGAGGGCGGCAAUAUGGAUUGGGGCGGUUUGGGCGGCAGCCGCCCUCGUUUGUAUACCGCCGCUGCUCGGCUGGAAGGUGGAACGGAGAGAGGAGGAGCAAUAUCCACAAUGUCAGGUUUCACAGCUGAGAGUUAGACGGGGGAAGUGUGAGGAAAUUUGGUCGGAAUUUAAUAAAAUUCAACAAAAAUUGGCUUGUUUGGAAAAUUCAGAUCAAUUUACAAAAGACAUUGACAAGAUUCAAAUUGAGUUUGAGCAAUAUUACUUUGAGAUUAUAGGUAAAGCUGAUCAUAUUCUUGAGCAGAUUGCUGAGGCAAAAUCUAAAUCACAAAAGGAUGACCAGGUUAAUAAUGUUUCAGGCAACUCUCCAAAUAGAUCUUAUUUAUGGCCAAAACUGGAGAUUCCAUAUUUUUCAGGGGCUAAUGAAGAAUGA